AUGACAGCUCGCUAUGGGGACGACGUGCUGGCCAAGAUGCUCGAGGUUGUGAGGAAAAAAGAGGCGACUGAGGAAGUGGCGACACAAUUCCAAAUUACUCAAUUUACGCAAUGGCUGAACGACCGAAAAAAAAACCGCGAGUGA